UUUUAAGAAUUUGUGGUUGGAAUUUGCAAAUAGUUUUCAAAUCCCAUACAUAUUUGUUGAUUGCAUGUGGCCCAAAUGCGAAUGAGAGCAAUGGAACAGGAAUCGAGGAUGGAAAGUGAUGGCGAAGACCAAGAAAUUGGCGAUUUAUCUUUUUUGCCGGAAGGAGUAAUUGCUAAUGUGUUAUCUUUCACGACUCCAAUCGAUGCCUGUACGGCAGCGGCGGUUUCUCGAGUAUUCAAUGCGGCGGCGCAAUCGGAUUUUGUGUGGGACAGGUUCCUCCCUCCCGAUUGGGAUGUUUUGAUUUCUUACCGAAAAUCUUUUGAUCCACUUUCCAGUUCCAAGAAGGAUAUCUUUUUCUCUCUCUGCAACAACCCGGUUCUAAUUGACGACCGCAACAAGAGUUUAUCAUUGGACAGGCAGAGUGGUAAGAAAUGCAUAAUGCUUGGAGCAAGGGGUCUGUCGUUGCUUUGGGGUGAUACCUCUAGAUAUUGGAGCUGGGAUCGGCAUCCUCGUUCGAGAUUUGCGGAGGUGGCUGUGCUCCUCAAGGCGUGGUGGCUUGAAUUACGUGGAAGAAUAAGCUGCAAGAUAUUGUCUCCUAGGACAACUUAUGCAGUUUACUUUGUAUUCAAGAUGAAGAAUUGUAAUUAUGAAGGGUUCAAUUUUUAUCCAGCCGAUGCCACUGUUGGAAUUGUUGGGACUGAAAACCAUGGGAGAAGAAGCGUUUGUUUGGACCCUCAUUUGGACAAUCCUCGACAGUGGCGGAGGGGCUUUCUGCCUUCGCCUGGACCAUCUGUAGAAAUGUUAGGGUUAGAGUGGCCACAAGAGAGACGUGAUGGUUGGUUUCAAAUUGAGUUGGGAGAGUUUGAGAGUGGCGAUGGAGCUGAUGAAGUUGAGAUAGCUCUUAUGGAGGUCAAGGGCCAUUCUACCAAGACUGGACUUAUUGUCGAGGGGUUUGAGAUUAGACCUAAACACUCUUGGACCUUAUUAAAGCCGUGGCACUGCAGAGUGGCAACGAGAGUCUAAACAAAUAUGUUUAGUUAUGCAACUGUUUUAACUUUGUGUUUCUGGCAGGAAGAUGAACUAAAGGUGCAAAUCUCUGAGGCCUUAUGGUGUAAAACUUUUUUUUAAAAAAGUUAUAUUUAAAAUUUAAGCUCGCAACAGUAGGAUUUCAUUGAAUAUCAGCUACUAAAUUUGGUUUUAA